CCUGGAUAGUCACCUGGAGACUCCGGGAAGGCAGGACCUGGGUCUGACCCAUCUCCAUGUCCCCAGCAACGCUGCAUCCCCAGUCAGCCUCAGAAGAUACUCGCCGAAUGGCGGCCAAACAUGGAGGCAACCCCUCUGGCCUUCACCCCUCUUUCUCCUCCUACCACUGACUUCACACCACCCACCCUCCAGGGGCUUCAAUGCCCACUAUGACUUCAUGCAGCUGGCCUGUGAGAGGCAGUCAGGUGGUUGUCCACGGCUACCGGUCUUUCAUGUCCACUGUGACUUUCAGGAUCACAAGCCCUUUUGUAACUACCAUGCCUUGUCCACCUACGAGACCCUCAAAGCCCAGCACGUCUCCAGCAUCCACUGGACCCUCGAUGUGCCCCGUGCCUCCCAAGCCUCCCGCCUCCUUGAAGACCACCAAAUCGGCAAAGCCCAACAGUGCUUCAGUGUCCACCAAGCCAUCAACAGCCCCUAACUCGGUCACAAGCCCAAGCAGUUCUAGGUCUCCCAAGUGGGCAAAUACGAAGACAGCUGCUUCUAAACAGUCCAGCAACAAGUCCCGAGCCCGCAAUGGGACAAGAACACCCAGCAAAGCCAGCACCGACACCAGGGCGAGGAAGGCCAGCACCGACACCAGGGCGAGGAAGGCCAGCACCGACACCAGGGCCAGCAAGGCCAGCACUGACACCAGGGCCAGCAAGGCCAGCACCGACACCAGGGCGAGGAAGGCCAGCACCGACACCAGGGCCAGCAAGGCCAGCACCGACACCAGGGCCAGCAAGGCCAGCACCGACACCAGGGCCAGCAAGGCCAGCACCGACACCAGGGCGAGGAAGGCCAGCACCGACACCAAGGCCAGCAAGGUCAGUGGGGUAAGACUCCACCAGCAGAGGGGCACACACAGCCGGGGCAGAACUCCCAGAAGAAGGGGAAGCCGUAGCUCCAAGAGGUCACCCAGCAGAGCCAGCACUACCAGCAGGAUGAGAACUCAUGGUGCCACCCCAAGUGUGCCCAACAGGAUGAGAACUCCUACUUCCCAGAAAAAACAGAGUGGGGGCAAGAGUUGCAGCCGGCCUAGAAACAACAACCGAGAAAGAAAUAAGAGCCAGCUUAGAAGUGUGAGCAGAGAGAAGAGUUACAGCCCACCAGGAGCCUCAGGCAUGGGGAAGAGUUCUGGGCUGGUUAUAACCCCAAGUAGGGCAAAGAGUUACAGCCCCACUGGAACUCCCUUCAAGGAGAGAGGUUCCAGCCAGUCUCCAUCAACAUCAAGGAGGGUAAAGAGUUAUAGUGAGAUGGUCACCCCUGGCAGGGAAUGGAGUUACGGCCCAAGUGAAGUAUCUAGCAGGCUCAAGAGUUACAACCAGGAUACUGCACCCAGCAGGACCCAGGGUCACAACCGGUCUAGCAGCCCCGGCAGGACCCAGAGUCACAGCCGGUCUAGCACCCCCAGCAGGACCCGAAGUGAGAGCCCGUCUAGCACCCCCAGCAGGACCCGAAGUGAGAGCGGGUCUAGAAUGCCCAGAAGGGCAAGAAGUCAUAGUAUGGUGAGAAGUCACAGUUGGAAGAGAAGUCACAGUAGAGCACGAAGUCGUACCCGGAAAGGAACUCCCAGUCAGAUGAGAAGACACAGCCAGUCUAGAAUCCACAGCAAGGGGGGAAACUAUAACCAAUAUAGAAUGCCCAGAACGGAAAGAAGCCCCAGCCAGGAGACAGAUCACAGACGAUCGAGAACACUCAGCCAGGAGAGAAGUCAUAGCCCAUCUGGAACCUCCCACAAAGAAAGAGAUCACAGCCGAUCUAGAACUUCCAGCAGUGAAAGAGAGCACAGCCAAACCAGAACCCCCAGAAAAGAGAGAAACCGCAGCCAACUCAGAACCCCUAGAAAUGAGAGAGAUCACAGCCAAUUCAGAACCUUCAGAAAAGAAAGAGAUUGCAGCCAAUCCAGAGAGGAGAGAGAUCACAGCCUAUCUAGAACCUCUAGCAAGAGAGGUCACAGCCAAUCUAGAACCCCCAGCAAGGAGAAAGACCAUAGCCGACCUAGAACCCCCAGCAAGGAAAGAGACCACAGCCGAUCUAGAACCCCUAAUAAGAAGAGCAAUCCUAGCCAAUCUACAACCCCCAAAAGUCUCAGCCAGAAGGAUUCCACUAGCAGGGCACAUAGUCCCAGUCAGAACAGAACACCUAGCAAGACAAGGUGCCCUUCCCCCUCCAGAUUUCUCAGUGGAGCCCCAAUUCCAAACCAGGAUGAUAUUCAAGGUAACGCCGCCAUCUCUAAGGCUGCCUCACCUGGAGAGAGGUCCUCAUCGUCUUCUUCCAAGCUGGCAUAG